AUGGCACCCAACCAGCCCGUCCUCAUCCGGGGCGCCGCGGCCGGCUGGCCGGCGCUGCGCGACUGGGUGGUGGCCGGCGGCGGCGUCGACAUUGAGGCGCUGCGGGCGCGCGCCCCAUUGGCGCGAGUGCGCGUCACCGACGCCGCCAGGCACCACGCCGGCUGCGGCCCCUGCGUGGAGAUGACACUCAGCGACUACUGUGACUGGUGGCAGCAGCACCGGCCGACAGGCAUCGCGGCUCAAGAAGUGGGAGGGCAGCAGCAUGCAGCGCUUGACCAGCAGCAAGCAGAGGCAGGAGCGAACGGCCAUCACAGACAUCAACAGCAGCAGCAGCAUCAGGAGCAGCAGGAGCAGCGGGAGCAGCGGGAGCAGCGGGAGCAGCUGGAGCAGCAAGAGCAGCAGCAGGAUCAGCAGCAGGAGCAGCAGGAGCAGCAGGAUCAGCAGCAGGAGCAGCAGCAGGAUCAGCAGCAGGAGCAGCAGGAGCAGCAGCAGGAGCAGCAGCAGGAGCAGCAGCAGGAGCAGCAGGAGCAGCAGGAGCAGCAGGAGCAGCAAGAGCAGCAGGAGCAGCAGCAGCAGCAGCCCGGCCGCCCAUCUGGCACCGACGGCCGUUUGCUGUACCUCAAGGAUUGGCACUACGUGGCAGAGCGACCAGAUUGUAUCGCCUAUGUACUGCCCUCCUUUUUCACAGAGGACUGGCUCAAUCCCCACUGCGACGCACUGGCAGCCGCCGCGCAGUACAAAUCGGAUGCAGGGCGGCGCACAUGGGCAGGUUGCGGCGACGGCGGCGCUGGGCCGGGCGCCGCCGGCGAGCGAGAUGGCGCAGACGCCGGCUGCAGCGGCGACGAGGCGAGCGGCAGCGGCGCAGCGGUGGCGGCGUCCACCGCGGACUACCGGUUCGUGUAUUGCGGCCCCGCCGGCUCUUGGACGCCGCUCCACGCUGAUGUGCUGCGCUCCUUCAGUUGGUCUGCAAACGUCGCCGGCCGCAAGCGGUGGCUGCUGCUCGCGCCACAGCACUCGCACCUGCUCGCGCACGCGUGGCGGGUGGGGGAGAUGGCGCCCGACUUCUUCAUAAACGACCUGGCGGCGCCGCGGCGCGGGUGCAGAGGGAGUGGUGGCUGGGGCGACAGUGGGUGUGGAGGGGACGGGGAUGAGGCGCUGGACCCUGACGACUACCCUGGGCUGGCAGCGGCCCAGAAGCUGCUGCUUGAAGUGAUCCAG